CAAAGUCAUCUAAAAAUAACAUUCUUCGAUUUUCCAACCAAAAAAAAAAAUAAACAAAUAGAUUUAGUUAUUUUCCACCAAUUCUAAACUAAUUAUGUUAGGCGCCUAUUAACAAUUCAAACUUUCCUCGUGUUAACUCCCUAGUUAACGAUUUGCCUACACCUUGAUAUUAAGUUUGAAAUGGAUAUUGAUUCAGAAAGCACAGGCACUUCUAUAGAGGACAACACAGAAAAUUUUUGCGACAAUCCCACCAGAGACACGCUCGCCGAAGGGUUGAUGGGUCUAAUAAAACCUACGGUAGAUCAAUUGGAUGAAAGAGUUCGCGCUACAAGAAUAUCGCAAUUAGAACUCAAGCAGUGCAUCGAAAGUCUCAGCGAAGAAUUGAAGGCGAUCUCGGAAACUCAACAGAAUUGCGCCGAAUUGGAUAUUUACGUUAAGAAGUUGAUAAACGCUAAACAGAGGGUUACGCUCGUAAGCAACAUAUUGCAGACUACACAGCAAAGGUUGAACAGAAUACACGUGUCGUUGGAGAAAGAAACACAAAAAAGAAGAGUUGUAUUAGAUGAGACCCAGCAAUCUACUUAAAAUGAAUCUUUCGACCCCUCUAUACAACCUCGGGGAAUUCCCUAACGUGUACGAACCCAGGGAAGACACAUUUUUAUUUUUAGAUGCGCUAGAAGCAGAUAUUUCCUAUUUGAAAACCCUAAAGCCCUUAAUUUCAGUCGAAAUAGGAUCUGGUAGUGGUGUUAUCAUUUCCGCAUUGCACCAAAUAUUUGGUACCUCGUGUGUUUAUUUCGCCACAGAUAUUAAUCCACAAUGUUCUUUGGCCACGAAAUUUACCAGCAAUUUGAACAACACUCACGUAGAAUCCAUUACGAUGGAUUUAUUGAGCAGCUUCAAGCAAAACCUCUUCGAUAUCAUUCUGUUUAAUCCUCCCUAUGUUGUGACGGAAGCCAAAGAAACUAAAGGAAUAGGUUUGAAUCGUUCGUGGGCAGGUGGUGAUAAAGGGUCGGAAUUUAUUAUUAAAGUGAUAAAGAACUUACCGAACUUACUGUCUUCGAACGGCGUUUGUUACAUGAUAUUAUUAAAGGAGAAUAACGUUAAGGAUAUUGUUAAAAUAGCAAAAGUGAUUGGACUUGCAAGCGAGUUGGUGAUUGAAAGGAAAAUUCCAGGAGAGCAUUUGUACGUGUAUAAGUUUGUACGAGUGAAGAAAAAUGUGUAGAAAUAAAUAUGUAUGUAUUUACAUGGUAUUGGUAAAGUUGUACAAUAAAAUUAAAUAAGUAGGC